AUCGGCCGCCCGGAGAACAUUGUCGGGUGGUACCACUCGCACCCGGGCUACGGCUGCUGGCUCUCGGGCAUCGACGUCAUGACGCAAAAGACGAACCAGCAGUUCCAGGACCCGUUCCUCGCCGUCGUCAUCGACCCGAACCGCACCGUGUCGGCGGGCAAGGUCGAGAUUGGCGCGUUCCGCACGUACCCCGAGGGCUACACGCCGCCGCACGCGGCCGCGUCCGAGUACCAGUCGAUCCCGCAGGACAAGAUUGACGACUUUGGCGUGCACGCCGCGAGCUACUACCCGCUCGAGGUGUCGCACUUCAAGAGCUCGCACGACGCGCGCCUGCUCGACUCGCUGUGGAACAGGUACUGGGUCAUGACGCUCAGCCAGAGCCCGCUCGUGUCG